GCCGGCGCACGACUGGAGGCGGUGGGUUGGAGCGGGGUUGGUGGGAAGAGGCCUCGGCGUGCGUGCGUGCGUGCGUGCGUGCGCGCCCCCCGGGAGGCGGCGGGCGCGCGCACGCCCGGGGGCCACCGCCCCUCCUGGCCCCGCCCUCUUUCCCUCCCUCCCCGUCUCCUCCGGCCCGCCCUGCCCGGCCCGCCCUGCGAGUCACCUCUCUGGUUCCCUCCCUCCCCGGGCGCGCUCGGGCCGCCGCAGCGCUCCCCGCCCUCGAGCCUCGUAGCAGGAGCCGCCCGCCGCCCGAGGAGGAGGUGGAGGGAGCCGGAGGGGCCCGCCGAGGCGGCGGCGGCGGCGGCAAGAUGGCGGACUUCCUGCCGUCGCGGUCCGUGCUGUCCGUGUGCUUCCCGGGCUGCGUGCUCACGAGCGGCGAGGCCGAGCAGCAGCGCAAGUCCAAGGAGAUCGACAAAUGCCUGUCCCGGGAGAAGACCUACGUGAAGCGGCUCGUGAAGAUCCUGCUGCUGGGCGCGGGCGAGAGCGGCAAGUCCACCUUCCUGAAGCAGAUGCGGAUCAUCCACGGGCAGGACUUCGACCAGCGCGCGCGCGAGGAGUUCCGCCCCACCAUCUACAGCAACGUGAUUAAAGGUAUGCGAGUGCUAGUGGACGCGCGUGAGAAGCUUCAUAUCCCGUGGGGAGACGACUCAAACCAAGUCAACGGGGACAAGAUGAUGGCAUUUGACACACGGUCCUCCAUGGCGGCCCAGGGAAUGGUGGAAAGCCGAGUGUUUUUACAGUAUCUCCCGGUUAUCCGAGCAUUGUGGGCAGACAGCGGCAUACAGAACGCCUAUGACCGGCGUCGAGAGUUUCAACUGGGUGAAUCCGUAAAAUAUUUCCUGGAUAACUUGGAUAAACUUGGAGAAGCAGAUUACAUCCCAUCACAGCAAGAUAUUCUGCUUGCCAGAAGACCCACCAAAGGCAUUCACGAGUACGACUUUGAAAUUAAAAAUGUUCCUUUCAAAAUGGUUGAUGUAGGUGGUCAGAGGUCAGAAAGAAAGCGGUGGUUUGAGUGCUUUGACAGCGUGACGUCGAUACUUUUCCUUGUGUCCUCAAGUGAAUUCGACCAGGUGCUUAUGGAAGAUCGACUGACCAAUCGCCUGACAGAGUCUCUGAACAUUUUCGAAACGAUCGUCAACAACCGGGUUUUCAGCAACGUCUCCAUAAUCCUUUUCUUAAACAAGACAGAUUUGCUUGAGGAGAAGGUGCGGAUUGUGAGCAUCAAAGACUAUUUCUUAGAAUUUGAAGGGGAUCCCCACUGCUUAAGAGACGUCCAAAAAUUCCUGGUGGAAUGUUUCCGGAACAAGCGGCGGGACCAGCAGCAGAAGCCCCUGUACCACCACUUCACCACCGCGAUCAACACGGAGAACAUCCGCCUGGUUUUCCGCGACGUCAAGGAUACUAUUCUUCAUGACAACCUCAAGCAGCUCAUGCUGCAGUGACGUGCAGAAGACUGGCUGGUUUCAUCCCUUGUGUCCCUUUGAUUGUUUUCUGUGUGUUUUGUUUCUUAACAUAGCAGUUUACAGCAGGAAUUAGAAGAGUCUUGAUUCUGAGUUUAACUUCUGGGAAACCUUAGUCGUCCUCCCUGCGGACCUUGGUUUGUGGCGCAAAGCUGCCGAAUAGCACACGCCGAUCCCUGUCGGAGUUCAGCCUUUGAUCUGUUUCACUGUGGCUUCCGCUUGAGGGGGGUGUGGUUCCCUGCCGAGUGUCUUCCUAGGUACAGGUCAGCCUUUAGCUUCUCCCCCUCUUCCAGCCGAGUUCUCCUGUAGUGCCAAGUAGAGAAGGUGCCCUUGACUGUUUCUCGGGAUGAGGUUAAGAAUAGCCGGUUCUCAAACAAGCAAGACCCCUUUUUAUCUGCCCUGCCCACGGCAGCGACACCUGUGCCGAGCCUCACGGCGACCUGUUUGAAAGGUGACCUGUUGGAAAAAAGUUGGAUCUAAGGACUGGCAUUCUGUAGAUGCACGCAGAUUUAGCCUUCGUGUGUUUUUAAUUGCUUGUAUACCCAACAGUUGUUUCAUUUUAAAAUUUCUGUGGUUUCUCAAGGUAAUGUUCUUACUUAGUGUUUUAAAGUUUACAUAAGGAUUCCUGCUCUGAUGCUAACGAAAGUUCACGAAUGGUACGGGGCAGGGGGCGGGGAGCAAGCAAAUGCCUUACAUAGUGUCUUGAUCCAAAGCAACGAGUGAAAUAUAAUUUGCCCUUUUCAUGUUUAAAUCUCAUGUAAUAAAUGUGCCAUAUGUGAAACGUUCUGGCCAAGCAGCAACUGAAAAUGGCAAGUAACUUGAUAAGGGAGCUUUCUAGAUAAACAGAGCCUCUCCAGGACAUUCUGUGCUUUUACUUCUCGGACUUUGACGUCCUGUCCCAGGAUUCGGGUCCUCGCUGUAGAGAAGAGCUGUUGGGGCCGUCACAGACAUCUUUUCUUUUGCUCUCCUGCCUGUUCCCAUCAGCUCCAGCCUGGCGCUCAUGGGAGGUUUUGUUUAUUUGGCAGCUUGCCAAGGGCAGAGUUUUCCUGUCAAGCUACUCAAGAAGGCAUGAUCUGAGACUCCUGUUCAUUCUCGGUGGCUCUCUGAAAGACGCAGCACGUACAUGCUUGUCUCGUUAUUGCUUAUGAACUUCUAGCUUUACUGAGGUACAUUUGGAAUGUUUUAAGGCUGCUUCUAAGAAUAAAUAGUAAUUUCUUCAGUUCACACCGAAAGAGGAUCCCAUGUGACCUCUCCUCGCCCCUCACCGACCCGUGGGCGCACCCCUGAAGCGGCUCGUGAUGACGGGUCUGAUCAUCAUGAGCUCUGCAGGCUGGCUGGUGUCCUGAGGACACCGCCUGGCCGGUUGUGUGGCAUGCGACCGGGACUAGAGAGACAGGUGCCCGCGGCCGGUGGCCGUUUGCAGAGUCCAGCAGCUUUUCGCCUUUUCCUGAAAAUUGUGAUUAAGACUGUGAUAUCUGCCACUUUACUGUAGAGCUGUGUUCUCAGGUAUUCCGUUGCCUAGAAGGUCCUUGCGAGAUGGGUCAGCAUGACGGCUCACGCGGCCUUUCCGAGGCCGCGGCUCUUGGUCCGUCUGCCGUCUGGCGGGAGAAUAGGGCUCUGCAGGGAGCGAACCAGGGGUUGCUCGUACCGUUCCUGACCUUUCCUGCGCUUCCGGCACCGUUCUACCUGCGGUAGCCUCGCUGUUUCCGUGCCUCGGUGAUGCGCGAGCCACAGACACGCAGCCCUGCGUCCUCGUGCGGGUGGUCACGGUAUACAGUCCACGCGCGUUUGAGUCCUUCUGCAGCCGGUGCUUCUUGCCGAGAAGAGCGUGGUGUCCCAGUUCACAGAAUUAGGAUUCAAGCUCAGUGCUAGUGAGUAUCCGAAUGUGUGCACAGUAACAUUGGGACUUCUUGCUGGAGAGUCUGUGUGUGAAUUUUGCAGAUGGUCCCCUGGCCUGGCCAAAACCAUUGGCCUCCAGUGGAGGCUCGAGUUCGUUCCCUGUAGAAGAGGCAAGUCGGUCUUGUUUAUUCCGUUCUGUUGAAUAUUGACGACCUGCACGCAGAGCAGGCCCGUUGCCUGACGAGUCCCCCGCUGACCCCCUUUUGACUGCCUCCAAGCAGUGUCAGAACGCCUCGUACGUAAUGGUAUUAUUUUCUGUACCUGUGAGUUCUCGAGCUCUCCUUCCUGAUGUGCCGCCUCCGAUGUCUCGACGUUCUUUUAAAGCGAAACCUAGGCCGUAUCCUGAGGCAGCAGAUCACUUGUAUUGAAUGGCACGCUUGUUGAGACAGAGGAAGUGCGAGGCUCAGUCUGAAGGCUUUGGUCCACCCUUUUGAAAACCAUCGGAAGGAGUCUCCUACCUGUAUUGUGAAAACUGGGUCCUUUGGAAACACCGCUGUGCGAAGGAGGAGGUGAAAUUCAGGACCAAACGAAAGGGUGCUCGUAGCUUUCAGCGCGCCGAGUUUCUCAGAGCAGUUGUUUGGUGUGUUGGCUUUUCAAAGUCUUACUGGUUAUGAUUUACAAUAAGAUGUGCCUGAUCCUCUAUUAUGUUGUGUUCUUUGAAUCUGAAUGUCUUGUCCUUUAAUUCUUGAAAAUGUCACACAAGUGUCCUCCUUGGCCUCGAAGAAAUGUAGAGCAGAGUUGCCUUAUAAGUCAAAGAGCACCACGCAUCUGGGCCUUGAUUUUUAUAGGGAAAAGGUUUUGUCACAUGUUUUCCGAAGAGCCACCUCAUUGAAGGCUUGCCCCUGCCACUUAAAUGUUAUUUUUUGAUAACCCGAAUCGCUGCUUUCUGCCAAAUAGCGUAUGAAUCGGAAGUGUUCGCUCGAGUGUUACUGUCUGGAAAAGGCACUUGGGUGGCGAGAUGGCAGCCACGGCCAAAGAAGGUGAUGUGGAAUGAACAAGAUCCUCCGUUUUUGUUUCGUUUUCUUGGAAGUCGCCCCGGUGGGUAUUUCACAUAGUGAAGAUCCUCUGGGCGAUCUCUCAAGCGGGGUUGUCUGGGGCAGUCCUCCUGCACCCGGUGACGGUGGCUGGUUUAAAGCAGAAGGAAGUUGAGAGUACGCAGAUACCAGAAAUGAUUCGAAGUGUCAGUUUGGACGCCGCAGAAAUCGUGGGCUCUUUUUUUUUUUUUUUUUCCCCCCGUAAGAGAGAAUGAGUAAAUCUUAACCUCCGGCGUAACCCCAAAUACUUGUAUUUAUGCUUUUGAUAAGAUGUAUUUUCAGCAUUAGUCCACAUAACCGGUUAUGCCUUAUUUAUGUGAAGAAUAAAGUUACCAAGUUCUGUUCUGUUCUGUCCUGAGAUUCCAGUCACUAUUUGAGAAGGCCUCAAAUUGGUGCUUUCAUUAUGUAAUGAUAUAUUUAGACAAAACCCCAAACCAAGCCAUCUGAAACAAGGUUCUCUCCAUUGCAAUUUGUAGCAAUGUCAUUUCUGUGUAUGUAAUAAGAAGGCUAAAUAUCAGUGUUAACUCUGAAUUUCUUGUUUGAAAUCCAUGAAAUCAUGUCUGUAAAGCUUAGUCGAACAUUUGUAACAAACUCCCCAAUAAAUCUAGAGAAAGACACUCUGUUAACCUUUUUACUGCUUUUAGUUUUAUUUAAGGAAUCAAGAGCAGAAGUUUUGCCUGUGUCUUUUUCAGUUCAAAGUUUGACUUAGUCCAGGGGUCACCUUGUGUCGCUUUCCUGUCAUUUUCCCGUUGUGCUGCUGCCUGUACAGGGACUGAUUUUCCUUUCUUGACAGGAAACAGGCUGGCCUUCCAGCCCAAUAAACUCAAGGAAGCGGGGAAUGGAUGAGAGCUGGGGGGGGGGGGGGGGGGGGGGGGGGGGGGGGGGGGGGGGCCGUAAUGAGUCUCCACAUUCCAAAUACGGCAGACGGUAUAAUACCCAUUAUUUCAUGGUACGAGGUUAGGGUUUAAUGAGUUUAUGCUAGAGAUUGAAGUGUAAGUCUAAGCCUGAACACUUGAAACGGGUUGGACUUUAUGGCUUUUUCAAGUCCCAUCAAGGCAAUGUUAGCCUUAGGCCGGUAAGUGAUUAGUAACAUCAUGUGAAGGGCAGUGUUUGUACCACUAUCAUUCUUGUGUCUUUACUUGAAUGUAUAGUUAGCAUUGAAGUCAACGUGUGCAUUCUUGUGGCAUCCAGGUCUAAACCAUCUGACCUCGCACGCCAGAGCUCAGAUGAAACAAAAAAGAGUUGAGGAUGGGGCAGUAUCUUCUCGGUUGGUGGGAGGUUUUGGAAUCUAUCCAGAUCUGCUGUUGAUAAUGAUAAAAAUUUCCAGAUGGAUCGAAGUAUGCAAGGACCCACCAUGCAGCACCUUUCAGUCUGUGGGUGUCGUGACAGAAAUAUGCUAGCUACUUGGUAUCUGAUUUGGGUUUGUAUUCAGAAAGCUUGUUGAUGAUGUCUCUUGCAAUAAUAAGUGAUACCUUUGUCCUCAGUAACGUCUAUUCGAUGGUACCAAGGGGGAAACACAGAGGGAGCAGGAAGGGGUGAAUUCUCGGGAUGUAUAUGUAACAGCACAACCAGCCUCACCUCUUACUUGAAGGCAGAACGGCAAAAUGUUUCAAAUGGCUUUUCUGUACUCCACCGUGAUGAGAGCUCAUUUACCACAAGAAGCCUUAUCAAAAAGUAUAUUUUGUAACAACCUCACAGAUCCUGUACCCAACAAAACAUGAUUUGUAUUAGCUUUGUAUAAAAGUAUUUGUGGCUUGGGAUUUUUUAUACGUAUUAUAUCUUUUUAUAACUUUCCAGGAACUAAUAAGCACAUUAUCUGAUACUGUUGUUGUAAAUUUUUUUCUGUCAGUGCUUUAGUUCAGGGAUUGGCAAUAAAUUAUUUCUAAAGGAGGUCUGAAAGUGGAAAGGAUGGUUUGAUUUUAUAAAAUGAGUUGCUAGUCAUUAAGGCUUUUUACUUUUGUACAUACUUUGCAAAAACUUUGCCUCGUGCUAUUAAUAUUCGCUUUGUAAAAAUUACUGACACUUAAUAAACAUUUAUAAACUA